GGACUCUGGUUUCAGAAUCACGGGUCUAAGUGUGAACAAAGCGUCUUGACCUGACUCACCUGCAGCUUUUUCCCGCGUGUCCCCUCUGGCGGGGUCAUAUUUAACCGGCCCGUAGCAACGCCAUGUUACCAUGGAGACGGCCUGUCUGUCUCUGUCUAUGUGUGUGUGAGUGAGUGAAGGAAUCCAACGGUCACUACACAGAGUAAAAAACCCACCGAGGUGUAAUUAAAACGGACAUUUAUUUAUCGUCUUGCCCUCGGCACUUUGAGGUGAACAUGGGAUGCAACUUCUCGUCGAACACCGUGGUGCGAACGUUGACACCGGAAGCGAAGGGAGACGAGGAUGAAGCAGGAAGUAAAGUGGGUGUCCGUGGAGACUCCGCCGUGUCAAAGGUCACCACGGAGAGCGGGGUGGUGAUGGACAACAGGGACAUCCAUGAGCUUCCUGGAGCGGUGCUCAGAAACCUCACUCCUCCGACAUCCUCGGAUGUCGGAGAAAGCGACGGGGACGGAAUUACACAAGACGGAAUACCACAGCAGGAGAGCACACUGCAGGAGCGACCACAGACGAGGGAGAUCCUGGAGGAGCUGCUGCACCAAAGCAUCAUACCAUUGAGACAAGCCAGGGCUCAUGAGGCCUAUAGCAUAGUGCUUGAUGACCGGGAGGGGGUCAGGCCAAAGCCGCCCGUCAGACUGGAGUCCCUGAAGCCCAAGAAGGUGCAAAGUGUCACCGACAUUGAGGAGAAGAUACGACUCGCUGGGGAUAGACGCAAGUUAAAGCAAGACAAGCUCAAGAUGCGUUUGAGGAAGAUGUCGGCCCAUGUUCGGAGCCAGGCUCCCACCGCCAUCACAGAGGAGGGCGAGGAAACAGACCUCAUUCCUGUGGAGCCGCUACAGUUACCUCCCACCCAGAACCCCCUUGGUCCCCACAGCCAAAUAACACGGGAGGAGGCCGACGGUGGGGAAUAACUGGCAGACGUAAAGAGUAAAUUGUAUUUGAAUGAAUUAGUUUGAAGUAAGCUGUGAUUGACUAUGGAUGAAACUAGGCCAAUGUAGAUGCAAAUUGUUUGUGUUUUAAUGAAAAAGCACUUGUUGUUCUUCAGCGAACAGCGUUGUAGCUCAAAAAAGAAGCGCAAAGGAAUAUGAGGGGUUUCUUUCCAAAUUAUUAUAACGUACCUCAGUGAAGCUCUAUUAAAUAUGAACAAUACUUCUUGCCAACGUACCAAAUAAAUAUAAUUGAGAUUUUAUUAGACUUUAAUUUAAAAGUAUGAUACUUUUGAGCCUUUUUGCACGUGAAGGUUGUACCUGUUCUGAUGGACACACGAUGGCGCUGUUUUAGUGGUUUAAAGUCACAUCACAUUCUAGUAAAUUAAUUAUCAGCAAGAGGUUUUGGCUACAUGUGGAAUAUAAAUAUGUAAUGUGAAAUUGUCAUUGAUUAAUAAAGUUGUAUGCAUACGUUUUUAUGAAUGUGUGUAUAAAACUGAAU